CUCGAGCCGGUGUUACAGACACGCGACACAGUAUUUCUUUUCCUUUCAGUGUAGCCGGUCGUCAAGAGAAAAAGGUUGCUGUCUUGUAGUUUGACGUCUUAUUCCUGAGGUCUGCAACCAUGCCGUCCGAUCUGGCCAAGAAGAAGGCAGCAAAGAAAAAGGAGGCAGCAAAGGCCCGUCAGCGUACCAAAAAGCCAGAUGAGGUGAAUGGAGAAGCUGAGAAGCCCGAAUGCCAAGAGAAUGGGACAGCAGACAAUGAGGUGGCCAGCCUGACUAAAGAGCUGGAUGAGUUUGAAAUGAAGAAGACUGAGGCAAGAGCGGUGACAGGGGUCUUGGCGUCCCACCCCAACAGCACAGAUGUGCAUAUCAGCAGCUUGUCCCUGACUUUCCACGGCCAGGAGCUGCUCAGUGACACCAGCCUAGAGCUGAACUCAGGCCGUCGCUAUGGCCUCAUCGGUCUCAAUGGCACAGGCAAGUCUAUGUUGCUGUCUGCAAUUGGCCAUCGUGAAGUCCCCAUUCCUGAGCACAUAGACAUCUACCACCUCACUAGAGAGAUGCCUCCCAGUGAGAAGACUGCUCUUCAGUGUGUCAUGGAGGUUGACGAGGAACGUAUCCUGCUGGAAAAGGAGGCAGAGCGCCUAGCUCACGAGGACUCGGAGUGUGAGAAGCUAAUGGAGAUUUACGAGCGCUUGGAGGAGCUGGAUGCUGACAAAGCCGAGGUCCGGGCCUCCCGCAUCCUGCACGGCCUGGGCUUCAGUUCUUCCAUGCAGCGCAAGAAGCUCAAGGACUUCAGUGGAGGCUGGCGGAUGCGUGUUGCUCUGGCCAGAGCACUGUUCAUCAAGCCCUUCAUGCUGCUCCUGGAUGAGCCCACCAACCAUCUGGACCUGGAUGCCUGUGUCUGGCUAGAGGAGGAGCUAAGACAGUUUAAAAGAAUUCUAGUCCUGAUCUCCCACUCACAAGACUUCCUCAACGGGGUGUGCACCAACAUCAUCCAUCUGCAUCAACGGAAACUGAAGUAUUAUACGGGUAACUAUGAUCAGUAUGUCAAGACCAGGGAGGAGCUCGAAGAGAAUCAAAUGAAACGGUACAACUGGGAGCAGGACCAAAUUGCACACAUGAAGAAUUAUAUUGCACGUUUUGGUCAUGGCUCAGCUAAGCUGGCUCGACAGGCACAGAGCAAGGAGAAGACCCUGCAGAAGAUGGUAGCUUCAGGCUUGACUGAGCGUGUUGUGAAUGACAAGACCCUGUCAUUUUAUUUUCCUCCCUGUGGGAAGAUUCCCCCUCCUGUUAUUAUGGUUCAGAAUGUGAGCUUCAGAUACUCUGACAGUGCGCCAUACAUAUACAAGAACCUAGAGUUUGGUAUUGAUUUGGACACAAGAGUAGCCUUGGUGGGCCCCAAUGGAGCUGGGAAGUCCACACUGCUGAAGCUCCUGGCGGGAGAGCUUCUGCCUACUGACGGUAUGAUCAGGAAGCACUCUCAUGUGAAAAUUGGUAGAUAUCACCAGCACCUGACAGAGCAGUUGGAGCUCGACCUCUCUCCCCUGGAGUACAUGAUGAAGUGCUACCCAGAAAUCAAGGAGAAGGAGGAGAUGAGGAAGAUCAUCGGUCGCUAUGGACUGACGGGAAAACAGCAGGUGAGCCCCAUCAGGAACCUUUCUGAUGGCCAGAAGUGUCGUGUCUGCUUUGCUUGGCUGGCCUGGCAGAACCCCCACAUGCUUUUCCUCGAUGAGCCCACCAAUCAUCUGGACAUCGAAACAAUUGAUGCCCUUGCCGAUGCCAUCAAUGAAUUUGAAGGUGGUAUGAUGCUGGUCAGCCAUGACUUCAGGCUCAUCCAGCAGGUUGCUCGGGAAAUCUGGGUUUGCGAGAAGCAGACCAUAACUAAGUGGAACAGAGACAUCUUGGCAUACAAGGAACACUUGAAGUCCAAGAUUGACAAGCAGGCGCAUGACAUAUAAAGAUCCAUCAGAUGGCGCUGUCAGGGUGGGACUCUACGGACCUUCACUCCCUGCAGUCUCCUAGCUGUUUUCAGAUGCAUGCAGAAAUGGCAAUAAGGUCCCCCUCAUUUUUCACUGUAUGUGGCCUGUUGUCCUGCUGAUUAUCUGCACCGCGUCAAGGUUCCACAUCUGUGUCGUCACAGCGGUUUUCAUUGGUCCCUCCCAACAUUUCCUUCAGUGCACUUAAGAACUUUUCAUUUUAUUCAUCAUAUCAGAAGCAGUAAAAAUGGGACUUGUCAGUUUCCCCCCUCCUUCCCCCACUCCAAAUAAUUUUUUUGCUCACUCUUAGAGCUUUUUUAUUUUCAUUUAUUUAACAUUCUUGCAAUAAUGGGUUUGUCUGAAAUAAACAAGUAAGUAUACACUAUGGUGUUUGCCUUAAUUGCACAUCCGUUAAAGUGUUUAAAAAGCCAGGUGAAACCCUGGGCAUGUAGCACACUAAUAUGUUUUUUCUGAAUUUGUGUUGAAAAUCCAGUCUCGGAUGUCUUCCUUUGUACUGCACAGUGAAAGGGUUUCCGUGGGAAGAGCUUAACACAUACUUAUCCUGAACAACUAAAUUGCCCUGCCUUAAGUUCUCUUUUCAGUUAGUUAUAAGUAUGACGUUUUUUUACUCACACCCAGUUCCCCCCCCAUGUUCAGUUGUUAUGUCACACUUCAGUCUUUCACUUGAAUGACUAGCGGUAAAUACCAUUCCUCAAUUAGGCUGUACCUGUUUUGC